GCCCUGAUCGAUAUCGGACAUUCCUGUCCAGAAUCUCCAUCAAGCCACCUUCUUCGUCUCAUAUUCUCCAUACUCCCCCAAGCCCUAGCUUCCCGAAUCUUUCCUCGCACAUGGAGUCUUUGCAAUCAUACUAUGCCGUGGAUCCCCAACAUCCCUCCUUUACUCCACCGCAGACCCUAGAUUCCUACCACUACCUUCCUCCACCUCCUCCGGAUCCUCAGCCCUCCGAUUACCACCACAACUUCCCUUUGCGAUCAUCUGAAGCUCAAAACCCUGUCAAAGCCCUAUGUUCUAAUCACCAACACCCUCGGAGCGUCUAUGGAAAUGGUUCCUCGUGCACUGCGGAGAAUCCUCCGACCGGCUUCGAUUCCGCGCGGAAGCCAGAGUCACAGAGGGCUAUCCUCUCUCAGAGCGGAGCUUUGACUAAUGCUGACAGCGGCACCGACAGGGAUUGCUCUGGCGGGGAGGAGGAGACUACCAGCAGGAGGUGCCGGCGCAGCCGAUGGGACCCUCCGUCGUACGAUCCCAACGGCCAGAGUGCCGAGGGAAAUGACUCGGGAAGCGGCACGAGGAAGAGGAAGUCACGGUGGGCCGAUGACGAGCCGAAGCCUGCCUUUCAGCUGCCUGACUUCAUGAAAGAAUUGACUGGAGGUAUUGAAUUUGAUCCCGAAAUUCAGGCCCUGAACGCUAGACUUUUGGAAAUAAGUCGAAUGCUUCAGUCCGGUCAGCCAUUAGAUGAUAAGCCCGAGGGAGCUCGUUCUCCUUCACCUGAGCCUGUAUAUGAUAACAUGGGAAUCAGGAUAAACACGAGAGAGUUUCGAGCGCGUGAGCGAUUGAACAAGGAAAGGCAGGAGAUUAUUUCACAGAUUAUUAAGCGGAAUCCUGCAUUUAAACCACCUGCAGAUUAUAGGCCGCCCAAGUUGCAAAAGAAACUCUAUAUACCGAUGAAAGAGUAUCCUGGCUAUAAUUUCAUCGGACUCAUUAUUGGUCCGAGAGGAAAUACUCAGAAGAGAAUGCAACAGGAAACAGGUGCCAAAAUUGUUAUUCGUGGUAAAGGUUCCGUCAAAGAGGGUAGGCUGCAGCAGAAAAGGGAUUUGAAGCCUGACCCAUCUGAAAAUGAGGAUUUACAUGUUUUGGUGGAAGCCGAGACACAGGAAGCUCUCGAUGCAGCUGCUGGUAUGGUGGAGAAGCUAUUGCAGCCAGUGGAUGAGGUAUUGAAUGAGCACAAGAGACAGCAGCUCAGAGAACUUGCCGCCUUGAAUGGGACCAUAAAAGAUGAGGAGUAUUGUCGGCUUUGUGGUGAACCUGGUCAUCGGCAAUAUGCAUGUCCUUCACGUACAUCUACAUUUAAAAGUGAUGUACUCUGUAAGAUUUGCGGUGACGGGGGGCACCCUACGAUAGAUUGUCCCGUGAAGGGCACAACCGGAAAGAUAAUGGAUGACGAGUAUCAAAAUUUCUUAGCUGAGUUAGGAGGGACAAUUCCUGAGUCAGCCACCAAGCAAAACCGCACUCUGGCACUUCUUGGUCCUGGCAGUGCUGUAAGCAAUCCUCCUUGGCUUAAAAACACCAGUGGUACUGGGAAUGGGACCGGAUCACAUCCGGGUUUAGGGUCAAAUGUGCUGAAGACAUCCAAAGAGUAUGAUGGUACAAACUUAUAUAUAGGGUAUUUGCCACCUACCCUUGAUGACGAUGCGUUGAUCCAGUUGUUCUCACAAUUUGGCAAAAUCGUUACGGCUAAGGUCAUCAAGGACCGGAUCACUGAACUGAGCAAAGGAUAUGGUUUCGUUAAGUAUGCAGAUGUCCAAAUGGCGAAUGCUGCUAUUCAAGCCAUGAACGGCCAUAUUCUUGAUGGGAGAACUAUUGCCGUAAGAGUGGCUGGAAAACCCCCGCAGCCUUCUGUACCUUCUCCUCCUUCGGCUUCAAUAGUGCCCACUCCUGCUACAAGUCAGCCUACUGGUGCUUAUCCAUCUCAGCAAUUUACCACAGGUUGUUCCCUUACAGCUACUCCCCCUGCAAGCUACACGGCUACUCCAGUUCCAUGGGUUACACCUGUACCUACUCCUCCAUAUGGUUACGCAUCUCCAUACAUCUCUGCUGUUCCUUUCCCAGGCCAAACUAUGCCUCCUUAUGGCAUGCCAUAUCCACCCCCUCCUCCAUCGGUGCAGCCACUUCCUCCCGGCACUCCAUCUCAGGCUACACCUUCGAGUGCAACACAAUACUAUCCACCUGGAGUUCAAUCUGAAAGCACUAGCUCCGCACCAUCUGCCCCUACUAGUGUGUAUGGAAGCACUAUUCCUGCCAUCCCAACAGCUGUUCCACCUGUUCCGGUAUCUUCCUUAAACUAUGCACCAUACUACAGUGCGGUUCCUCCACCAGCUCCGGCACCCACUUCAAUCACGGACCGUUCUCAGAGCAUGGGAAAUGUUUCAUGGGCUGGAAAUCCUCCUAUGCCGCCGCCUCCUGCUUCUUCCACAGAUCAGACACCUCAAUGCGCAAAUGCAGAAUAUGAGAAAUUUAUGGCUGAGAUGAAGUGACUCAGGUCCUGCCGCUUGAUUGGCACUUGUUCAUGGUCCAGAGAACCUUUUCAUAUCGUUGAAUGGUUUGUUAUUGCCAAGAUUGAAGAGGUUGUGUUUGGAAUUCCCAUCUUACUUGGGGGGAAAGGCAAUAGUUAUUUAUAGCUCCAGAAACUUAGUAGUUUUUUUGCCUUUCUUGUGUAUUAGCUAUUGCAUGAUUCCUUAUGCUUCUUUUCUUCAGCUGGUCAUUUUACACGGCUCCUUAUGCAGCAAUAAAAUCACAUUUUAGGUGAACCGAUUUAUCUGCAGUUAGCAAAUUCUUUCCAGGAAGCUGCUUCCAUUAGAUAUUGCCCCCCAAGAGACAUGAUCAAAGCUGCGGUUGUUAUUUUCUUGUUUAUUUUAUGUGCCUCUUAUGAUUAUUUUUUUUAACCCAUCUUCUUUGUGAUGGUUUAAAAUUGACAGGACUGAUGUUUCCUGGAGCUCAUGUGAACCUGAUUUCUUACCUCUUGCCAUUUGUUGGAAGUUUCAGACUCACAUCUUUAACCUUGCUCUACUGUUAUGACAUUUGCAGAGAGAUUGGAAUAUUCAGUUUACAACAGAUGCCGAAGCUAUCUUUGAGCGUCUUCACCUUAAUGCCUGGAUCUAGUGUUCUGCUUGUUCUUUGCAUCUUUGCUACGGUUUCCUUUGCUAACUCCAGCGAAAAUUAUUUGGAUAAUCCAUUGCUGAUACGUCAUGAAAGUCUGUACUUUGAUUUGCUUACUUUGCUCCAGUCAAUUGCUUUUCUUAAUAUUUUUCUUUGGUGUGGAAAUGUUAUUCAUCGGUGGGGUGAGUAUCAGAAAAUUGUCACCAUGUUUUUGAAAAUGCCCUGCUUUCUGUUUUCUUCCAAGAAGGUGAUCGUCUCUGAGGAUCUGGAGGUACAUUGAGAUUAGUGGAAGAAUAGCAUGCUUUUAACCUUGUAUUCUCUCUACUUAAUCUUUUUCCAUUUUGCUCAAUGGUCUUUUGCAGCAUAUUGAUGGCAUACUUCCUUUUAAUAUCCAUCCCUUCUUUCUUAAAAGACCUUGGAGCCCUUUUUGCAGUUCUUGGUUGUGCAAGGAUUGUUAGUCGUUAGAAUAAAUGAUGCUACAUUGUUUAGGACUGGCCAUUGUGGCAGAUACAGAAAAGUAUGCAAAUGGAGAUGCCAUCCUGUCUGUUUGAACUAAAUUGAUAGAACUGCAGGAUGGCGAUUUUAUCCCCAAGAUGUGAAAUUUACAUUCCCGGGUGGUUAGUAAUAUUUGAAAACUAUUAAAAUUGCUCACUUUUGGGUAAGAAGUGGUUGGCUACAAAUUUUCUUGCCUGGAAAGUGGUGCUUAAGGCAUUUUAUAGGUACUUGAACUAUAGCAGUUCUAUUCUUAUCUGUAUCGGUUAAUUUCCCUAUAUUGUUUCGUCAUCUGGUGAUCUGUGAAAGUAGUCGAUAAUGUAAUGCAUGUUUUGGAUACCCUUUAUUGUGCUGGUGGGUGAUUUAGUUUGGUAAAGGAAUACCGAGUUGUUGGACUUGAACUUAGAGGCUGUCAUUGUCUGUGGGUGUCCUUUCCCUCCAAUUUCUCUUACAGUAUCAGAAAUCUAAUAUGGCAGGAAUCAGUAGCCAUAUCGUCUCAUUUGGCUCGUUUUUAUCUGUAGUUUCAUUUGAUUAUGGUGGGACCUGUUAGAAUAUCUUUUUUAUCGAGUCGAUAUCGCAGGGAAGCACUAGCAGUUGAUCUCUCGUCUAGUAAAAUGAGCCGGAAACCUGUAUGCAGUAGGUAGAUUCUCGGUCUUUCUCAAAUACAGAAAUAAACGCCCUGCAGGAUACUGAGGUUUCAGUGUCUCAUGCUCUUGGUUUAUUUAGACGGGGGCGAUUCCUUGUGGGUUUUCUUAUCUCAUGUCUACUCAAAUUCUGAUGCUGGCACUUUAGUAUCCUUAUUUGUGUAACUUCUGUGUCUAAUCUAAAUCCACGUCGGCACCUUUUUAGAGUGGAGUAUAUUUAGAGGUGUAAUCUUUGCUCAGGUUCCUUGUGUUGGGAUAUGACAACAUUGUUUUAUGGAUAUUGUCUAGGGUUUGUUCUGGUCACGCGUAUGGCCUGCCUGGUUAAUUGGUAUACCACUGUGUUCUAUUAUUAUGAUAGUCAUUUCACUUGGACUACACUUGUGCUAAUUUGUAGUUGUAGACUCUUGAGUUUGAUGGGUUUUUACAGCACCGUGAUUGGACCAUCAUUAGCUGUUUAUUUGAUGUGCAAACUGAGGGAUGAAGCUGCCAAAAUGAGUUACAAUUACAGUCCAUCUCGCCUACAGUGGGUAUUCAAAUUGAACAAAUGUUCCAACAAAUUCUUUUUGUAGGAUUCUUCUAAUUAGGUGAAUAGUAGAAUGACAUGCGAUAGCAGCUGGGAGAUCUGCUACCUAAUCAUUUACUAUGUUUGGUUGAAGGCUUUCAUGACAUUAUCAUCCUAACCUUGUUGAUUAGUUGAUCAGGGCUAUGGUGCUAAUAAGAGCUCUACAAGUUUGUCUAUGCUGAUAUUGAUGGAUCUUCAUCAAAGGAGUAACUAGGUGCUCGGGCUAUGUAGAUGUUCCCUUUUCUUGUUACAUACAACCGACUUAAUUCUCUUUGAUGGAGCCAAUAUCAUGUUUAACAUACUUUUAAGGUGCUCCUAGGUUUUAUGUGUUAAUCUGGUGCGGUAUUUUUCUUUAAAAGAAGAAAAGAAAAACCUGAUGCAGUAUCAUCAUAUAUG